AUGUGGGCUGCAUGUGAUUCCAAUGCUGAUUGCCGAGAUGUGCUGCACAAGCAUGAUCCGAAAACCAAGUCGGCCCAUGUCUUUGGUGACCUGUGCGAAGCUCUGCCUGCUUCCUGGGUGUCUGCCUUCAAACAAGAGUUGGCCCAAAGGCGUGCAAGGGUGGAUGCGGCUGAAGACGCUGCAGAGAGGCGUGAGGUGCUCUCCUCUCAAUCCAAAGCCUUUCUUGAAAGAGCAAUGCAGCUUCUGAAAGACAAUCCUUUCCCAGCUGCUCGGAGAUGCUGGUGUCACAAAUGCCAGCGCCAAUGCCGUAGAUUCCCGUGGAUGUCUGGGGAUGCACUGAACAUGCUCCUUCUUGAAGUGGCUGGCUCAAUUUGCGUUGGCUUUUCUCCAAUGGGCAAAAUGUACCAGUUCCUGGAUGACAGCGUCAUUCCAUUCCUUGCAUGGGUAUGGAUGAUGAGGUCAGUUCAACCCCAUGUGAUCUGCCAUGAAUGUGUGCCUAAAUUUGACCCUGAAGUGUUGGACUGGUGCUUGAAUUACGGUUUUGAGGAGCCGCAGUAUCAGUUGGAAAGCUUGGUGUUUAAUGCCAGGGACCUAGGCAUUCCGGUUGAGAGAUUGCGCAGAUACACACUGUGCUUUCGUAUCGAGCAGACCUUGAAUCAUGAUACCGGCUUUAGUGAUGGCACUUUUGGCACUGUCGCUUUCCGUGAGCUGUCAACCACUGGCAACGUGUUCUUUUGCGCUGAUGAGCAGCUUUUGGCAGCUGAACGUCAAGCUAUGGCGGCACGUAUGUUCUUACCACCACAAGAUUCAUCUGGCAACCCAUGGCCAUGGACGGCCUUACUUAGUGAAGGCGAGUACCAACGCUUGAAGAAAUACAAGAGACUAUGGCUCAAUGCAGAACUUGGUGAGUCCUCCGGGCAAGACUUUGUGUUUGUAAGCCUCAGUCAGAAUGCGCAAUUUGUAGGAGACCAUUUUGUGAGCAGCACCACCAUUCCAACAUUGAUUCGGAACACAAUUUUGUUCCGCUUGACCGCAGACUCAGCUUCCACCACCUUGCCCUCCAGGCUUGCCAUACCUGUGGAGCUCUUGGCGAUGCAGAUGUUGCCGGUUCUGUUGCCAGAGGGGCAUUUUUUCCAUGGGCUAGUGGUGGCCUGGCUGCAGCGUCGAUUGUCAUGCGACCCAACGAUGAGAAAACAGAAACAACAGAUGUUGCAGCAGCAUAUCAGCAUGACUGUCUUGCCCAUGGUCAGCUUAUGGCUUCAGAGCGGCAUGUUGGAUGAUGGCAUGGACGUUGACUUGUUUGGCAGCUCCCCUGUAGUAGAUGUUGACAAUCAGACAAAGGAGGGUGAGCCAGCAGCCAAGAGGCGACGCGACACCCCAAGUGAAGCCGCACCAAAGAGCGCCAGUACCAAGACUGAACGCGCACUGGGAGUGAAGAAGGCAACCAGAAAGCAGACUAGACAAUGUCGAGGGUGCUCUUUGUGGUUUGCUCCCGAGAACAUGGCGUCAGGCAGCAACUUUGAUGUGACUUGCAAGUACAGGGUUGAUGGUGUGUACAAGAUCGCGAAGUCUCAGAAGCGCCUGGAAUGGUACAAGGAGGUCAUGGCCAAUGACGUGUCCUUGCAGAUGGUGCUUGCUGAGUAUGCUGCCCGCACAACUCCAGACAGCAGUGGCAGGAAGAACCAGACGAGGCGUUCAUCCACCUUCACUGUUUUGGAGUCAGUUGCUGCCAAGAGUGCCGUUGUCUACGAAAAUUUGGGAAAGAUGAUGUAUGAGCGCCAGUACCUGGCCUUUGCUGACACGUUCGACGGCGGCAAGUUGACCGAGGUGCAGGCCAAGCAGCAGUGGCUGACUUGGAAAGAACAAGCCCAUGAACCCAACAGCACCUGGCCAGCCAAGGACAACAAGGGGCCAAACGGCGAGCUCCGUCUCUGGGUUCCAACGGAGGAUAUCAUCAAGUUUGCCAACUCCAUCGAGCGGGAAAAGGCACUUACCACCAAAGGAAAGGAUGUCAAAAACCCGACUGAGGAGGAAGUUGGAAAGUUGCAGAAGAGCAUUCUCAUGGGCCAUGAUCAGUUGUCCACUGGCUUUGAGGAGCAUGCAGGUCAAAUGGCGCAGUUUUCACGAGGUGAUGCUUUCCAAGCCAACAACUAUGAUGUUGGCGAUGUCACCCACCUUCUGGUGCCUGAGAAGGAGAGCCAAGCUGAGGGUUCUGAACCUGCUGAUGAGUGCAAGGAAGAGAUGGAGGACACGGGCGAACAGGACGAAGGCAAGAAGUCGAAGGACCGGAAAGUGAGCAAGGCGCAGUCCAAGUUCAAGUCGCAGCAGCUGCGAUUUCGUCAGGAUCUUGAGUGGCAUGAACAGCAGGCCAAAGACGUCGUUGCCCAAGUGAACUGCAUGGACCCUGAGAAGAAAGAGACUCUCCUCAAUGCUUUAGCUAUUUGCGAGAAUCGGUUGGAGGCUUUGUCCGUGGUGCUGGGAAAUGAUGCUGAACAACUCAAGCAGUACAUUGCCAAGGUGAAGGCCGGUUCGGCGCCAGGUUCAAGCCUGGCCAAGGUGCCAAAUGCUUCAUCUGUUGCUGGCCGACAAGUGUUGGGCCAUGCCCCUCCAAGUGCCAGUUUCUGUGACUUGGUGAUUGUGAAUGAAGUUGACAUCAUUGCCCAGGAGUUCACAGAAGCUGAGUCGGAUGGUUGCAUCAAAGCAACCUUCGACAAGAUCACCGCUGCCAGAGCCCCCAUCAAGGAACUGGCUUCUUCAGUUCACUCCCAAGUGAAAGAGUUGACCAAGCUGAAGGAUGCAGCUGAGAAGCCCGCAGAGCAGAAAGGCAAAGGGAAGAAAGGUGGUGGGAAGGCAGCGGGUAAAGGGAAAGCAGGAAAAGGGAAAGACAAAGGCAUUGCGGGGGCUAGCAUUGCGAAGCCCAACUUUGACCUCAUGACCGUGUUUGGCCCUGAGAUUGCCCGGGAACUUCCAUGGACUGCAAGUGGUGCAGCCCCUGCCGACCAGAAGGACUUGGACAUGAGCCGCCCAGUGAUCCUUCGCUUGCCUGAGCUUGCCAAGCUGCAGGAGCAAGAGCCGAAGAGUAUGAUUCAGAAUUUCUUGGCCGAUUUCAACAAAAGCGAGAUGAAGACGAAGAAGGGGCGAGGUUCACAGAAGUGCCCCAGUGCCAACCCUGCGACCCAAAGCAUUUUUGAUGCUUUGGAGGCAUCAAUGGCAAGCUUCCAGGCUGUUUUCCAAGAUGAAGAUUUGGAUGGCACCAACCCUUUGAUGACCUUCACAUCUGAACCAAACCAGAUGCAGCCGGUGGUGGAGCUGAACUACAUGGCUUCCAUUCGGUACCAGGCUGUUGGCGCCAAGUUUGUUUUGAUGGCAUCAUUCGUGAACCUUGCAGAGUACAUGUCAGCCACCGCCAACGUCACGACAUCUCCCCUCACUCCGGUCCGAGCAGCUUGCCUCUUGCGGGACAUGGACAGAGAGAGCCUCAAGGCCUGUGCAAGCAAAUGUGAGGUGUUCUUUGGCCAGAUUCGAGAGGGUGAAGCCUUGUAUACCCCAUUUGGGUUUUGCACGGUUGAGUUCAGCACUGUCGGGUCAACAGGCUUCAGCAUUCGAGGAGUCAGCCUUCAAGAUGGCAAUCUUGGAGACUUCGUUGCAACCUUUUUGAAGCCAAGUUUGAGUGACCCCGCAGCCAAGCCGUCCAAAGCUUUGACUGCUUUGUUGUGCUUUCUAGAGAAGCACCUUGGUGCUGGCAUGCAAGAGGCUUUGCAAAACGGUGGUGCCGCAGCUGCAGCGCUAGCAGAAGCAAAGGCGGCAGCUGAGGCUCAGGAGGCUGAGCCUGGAGCAGUGGAAAAGCGGCAGUCUGACACUGGCGCUCCGGCCGAGCCUCAGCAGCAGUCUUCUCAGCCGACAGCCAACGCUUCCUUGCAUUGAACUUCUGAGAGAGCAUUGGCUGGGAUUCGUUUUCCGGUUGGCUUUGCUUGUUGAAAGGCAGGCAAUUGAGUUUUGAUCUUUGGC